GAGAAACUGAACUGAAGCAAGGAUAGUGUCGUCGUAAUGAAUUGAAUCACAAGAUUUGUUUUUAUUUUGAUUCUACAUUUCAUCUGUUACAGUUGCAAGUGAUUAUAUCUUUACUAAACUGUCAUUCUUUAUAUGACUCGACAUCUCUUGGUAGUCGAUAAUUUUCUAGUACAACAGGUGGCUGUGAUGCACCGCAUAUCUUAUCUUAUGCAAUUCAGAAACUAGCUUUUGAAAGUGAAACUACGGAUGUGAAUCAUUUUUAAUAAGCUAGUGAUCAUACCCUUGUAUUUAAUAUUUUAUCAUAUAUUUUUUCGUUUAAUUUGCUAGAUUAAUUUUUCAGAAAAAUAGCAUUUUCUUCAUUUUUGAUCCCGUCUAACUAUUAAAAUCACAAUGGAGCUUCAAUAUGUGAAAUUACUCUCAGCUUUGGGAUUAUUGGUGAUCACAUUCUUUUCUGCUAUGCUACCUCUUUUCUGGUUUAAAAAGUAUCGGUUUGUGGCGGAAGAAAUAAGGCGGGAUAAUCUUCGGUUAAUAAGUUUUUUCAGUUGCUUUGGCGGUGGGGUCUUUCUUGGAACCUGUCUUCUGCAUUUGUUUCCAGAUGUUCAAGAACAAAUGGAUCUGAUAUUUAAAGAUGUGAAUAUUGUACCAAAUUAUCCAGUGGCUGAGUUCCUCUUUGGAUUUGGAUUUCUCAUGAUUUUGAUUGUGGAGCAAAUAGCUCAUAACUGUGAAGAGCAUGGCCAUGAUGUACCAACUGACACAUCACCAGUACCAAUCUUGAACCAAGAUCUUUCCAUCAAUGAUGUGAAUCGUCCUCUCGUUGAGAAUUUGGGCACGCAGUAUGGAUCAAUAGGAAUGAACUCGGAUUCCUACAGUCAUGAAGCUUUCAGUCAAGGUCAUUCUAGCAAUGAUGUGAGCUGCCCUCUCCUUCAGGAUACAAGCACCCAAUAUGGAUCUGUUGGAGCAAACCUCGAUUCCCAUAGUCAUGAAAUAGUUUUUGCCCGUCGUCGUGUUUCCAAUUCCAUUCUUCGGUCCUUAUUUUUGGCCUUUGCCCUGUCCCUUCACUCCAUUUUUGAAGGCCUUGCCAUUGGUCUUCAGACCACUGUCCAAAGUGAUUUUCGAAUUUUGAUCGCAGUCCUCAUCCAUAAGUGCAUCAUUGCAUUCACCUUGGGAAUUAGUCUCAUCAACAGCAGGUUGAGGAAAUCUAACAUGAUCACGAUUAACUUCUGUUUCUCAUUAGCUUCUCCCUUUGGCAUCAUCUUGGGUAUCCUUGUCAUUGACUUUGUCCAAGGUCUGGCAAUGGUCAUUACCAGUGGUAUUUUGCAGGGUAUUGCAGCUGGUACUUUUCUGUAUAUCACAGUCUUUGAAGUUUUGCAAAAAGAGCUGAAAUCAAGCACAGAUAGCAUGGUCAAGGUGGCAUGCAUUGUACUUGGAUAUUCUAUUGUUUCUCUUUUGUUGACAUUCUUGCCCGAGUAAAUAUGUCGAUAAUCCAGUGGAUUCCAAUUAUUUCUUUGUGUUAAUUUAUUAUUGCAGUUAAACUGCUGUUCCUUUUUAAACCAUCUCUAGUCCCAAGAAAAUUUCCUCAUCCCUGUUUAGGAAUUUUGUCAUUUUUAAUUUUUAACCUUUUAUAAAAUGAAGGCUUAACUUGUUAAAGCCAUUGAUAUGUUGUCCUGCACAUAUUGAACAUCUCAUUUUUAUUUUAUAAAUUAAGAUAAUUUAAGUUCUAAUAUAUGUAUAUAAGGCCGAUUUUUUGAAGUAUAUAAGUGUAAAUAUCUAACAUUUUAAACAUUUACAUAUAAUUUAAAUUGAUUUACUUUAUUUCAUAAGUUUCUUCAUAUUGAAUUUUUUUCCAUUUCGAAUUAUUUUUAUCUUAAGAGGGAAAUAAAUACUAUCUUAAGAUACUUAAAUAUUUUAUACCGAUUAAUGUCCAGAAAUCAAAUAAGAAGCAGGUCUUUUAUUCAUGCCUAAAUGUACAUGAAUAGGAAGUACUAUUACAGAAUUAUGGGAAUUGUGCCAUUCCCUUUACUCUUUAAGAAGAAAUGCAAUGCCAAUGGAGAUUUUUUUUUUUCUUCUUUUGCAAUCAGGUGCUAUCUGCAAAUAAUAAUAAUUUUUAUUAUUGCUUGUCAUAAAUUAAUAUUUUUUUUAUUUUUAAGGCAAUAACUAUGAUUGAAGUACUAUUAUUGAAACUUUACUUCUCUAUAGUUUUUCUUAUAAAUAACUAAAACUUAAUGCCGUCCUAACUACCAGAAUAAUAAAGUAAUUCAAUAAUUGCUUAAACUGUUCCUUUCAGUAACUAGUUUUCAUUUCAUGUUUCAACAGUGAAAGCAUGCUUUUUUAAAAUUAUUAUUUUAUUUUUCUGUCCCUUUUUAGCAGCAAAAUAAAAAGCUUUUUUUUUCUUCUUUUUUUUAGCUGCCAUAUAAAUGCUGAUUUGAAUUUCUUCAGUUGGAUAUUAAAAUAAAUUCUUGAAAAGAAAUAAUUCAUAUUUGCUCCCACUCUUAAAAAAAAGCAGGAGCAUAUAUUUAUCUCCCAAAUAUGGAUAUUGUAUUGAAACAAGUUUCAUUUUUUUAUAUUAUUUCAACCAAGAAUUCAUUUGAUUGUUGGUAAAAAAUAUUAAAUAUUCUUCUUACCUAAAUGAAUAUAUUUCCAUAUAAUUCAAAAUUUCAGACAUGAAAUCAAAAAUAGAAAUAGAUUACAAACUUUUUUGUGUUGCUUAAGUUAAUACUUAAAAAAAUUAUAGCUCAUGGGAAGAUUUCAGCAUUGUUCAAAUUAUUUUUCAUAGUUUUAUGUGUAACCUUUCCCUUAUGAACAUAACAGUAAGCACUAUAUAAGUAAAAAAUUUUUUCCAUACUUAUGGAUGGUUAUUCUUGCAAUAUUUAUUACUAAUAAGGAUUCCACCCCACCCCCCAUUGAAUCUAUCCAUUUCUUUUCUAAUAACUUAGUUAAUACUCUAUUCCUGUUCUAUUCAAUCUCUACAUGCUUAAUAUAUACAUUGAUUGCUAAUGCUACUCGUGAUCAAAGGAAAUCACUACCCAGAACUACAAAUUAAUUCAAAAGAAAGGUAUGAGUGUGCAUGCAUGUACAGUGUGCAGUAAAAAAAAAUCUGUAAUCUUGGAAUAGUACAUUUAGUCCCAUUUUAGCUGAAGAUCACUAUUCAUUUUCAACCAAUAAUAAAACUUUCUGAUUUAAAAGUAUAAUUAUAAUUUUGAAACUUGAAUAUGAUUUUAUUUUAUGAUUGUUACUGAUAUAAAAUUUUAUAAGAAAUAAGUCAUGCAAGUUACUUAAUUCACAGAUAAGUAUAUUAGUUUUCCUAAUUAUUUGAAUUAUUAAAAAUUAUUAUUCAUAAAAGAAGUAGAAUUGGAUCAUUUUUAUUUUUUUGCUAUUAGCUCAUAUUGCUAGGGAUGAAAAUAUUUUUUAGUCUUUUAAUAAUACAAAAAAUAACUGUUUAAUUAAUUGCUACAAAUCCUUUAUUAAAAUCUUCUUUGUACUGCAAAAUUUGUGAAUAAAAUUUAAAGCAUUGAAAAAAUAAUAAAAAUUACAAAUAUCAUGUAUCAAAUCAGUUGUUGGUGGCUCUGCUACAUGAAUGAAACCGAAAAAAAAUAUAUACUAUCAGAAUUCAAUAAAAUGUAAACCUGUACAUAAAUAAAUGCAUUUAAAAAUAUAAUUAUAUUUAAAAUCCUUUUAUUAUUGGCAAAUUUUUGCAUCAUCAUGUCUGACUGUCAUCUUUCCUAAGAGAGAAGGUAGAAGAUCUGGUGGCACUUUAGACAAUUAUGUUCGUUCAGAUUUUAAUUAAUGAAGAAUAAAUUGAAACUCUUUAUGCUUCAUAGUAAUUUUGAGUAAAAUUUAAAGAUUUCCUAUUUGAAAAUUUUCAUAUUUUGCAAUUUUAAUUUCUGUUGCAUACAAAUUAUAUAUGCAUUUCAUUUUUCUUUAUAUAAAUUAUUAUAUAUAUAUUUCAUAUAGCAUUUGAUUGUACAGGUUCCGAAAUUCUGUGCUUUUCAAAAUUUAAGGGAAUGAUGUCUAAAAUGUGUUAUCUUUCUAUUUCCUAUAGAUGUACGUUUGAGCAUGAUCUGUUUUUGGGAUUAACGAAACAAAGUUGUUUCUCCUGAUUUUAUUCAUUCCAUUUUUUAAUGCCAGUCUUCUUUGGUUUAUUGUUCUAGCAUAAUAAUCAGACAACGAAAUGAUGAAAGAGGAUUUUCUUAUGUAUUAUAGGAUAAAUUAUUCAUACUGAUGUUAUUUUUUUAUGUAAUCCAAGACUUAUGUUAUUACAUAAUUAUUAUUUAUUGUACUUAUAAUACAACAAAUAUUUUAUAAUGACUUUAUAUACUUAUUUAUAUUUUAUAUUGAAACAAAAAGUUAAAAAAUCAUUCAUUAAUAAACAAAAAUUUAAUAAUUAAUUUUUUUUAUUAUUUUGAGAAAUGCACUUGUUGUACUUCACUUGCAUUAUAUCCUCUAUAUUGAGUAUCUUAGAAUUAUUUAUAUUUGUAUUAAAUUUUUAAGCAUUCUUAAUCUGAUUUGAUAUAAUAAGUGUUAAUAGAUAUUUUGGAAAACAUUUUUAGACCAUCAACAAAAUUUAAUUAUAACAGAUAUUUUUAGAAAAAAAAUUUUAAUGUUGAUGCAAGAUAUCUGAAAUUUCAAUAAAGGAAAAUGUAAUAAAAAAAUUUAAAGCUAAUGAAAAAUAAUUUUUUUAUUGUCAUUAUUUCUAUUUAUAUAGUGUAUUGUUUCUUAUUUCCCUCUUAAAGCAUUUUGAUAUAUCAUUUUAUGUUUGUAUCUUAUAAAAUGAUUUUCACGGUCAUAGUUAAUGCACCAAGUCUAUUCAUGACAUUUUUUUUUAAUGCUGUGUACUUCAUGUGUUGUAGACUAUAGAAGAUGUGACAUUUAAAAUAAACAUUUUUACUGUUG